GGGGCACAUCCCCUUUUGGCAUGUAUGUUGGACGAUUCAUCAGUAAAAUAUUAUUUAUAGUUAGCCCCGAGGAGUAUCACCUGAUAGGUUAUGCGUUAUCAGUGGCUUUACUACCCCAACACCUUCACGUCCAUAAGUUGCUCCGAGUUGUUUCCAACUAGUCGCAACAGAACCAUCUUCUUCACCGUUUCUUGGCAGCGAUCGAUUUCAAUAAGCCUGGCCGUUAUCUCAUCUCCAGAAGCAGAGAAUGGAUAGCAAGCGGAUUCGCAUCGCUAUAAUUGGUGGUGGCCUAGCCGGUGCUUCCGUAGCUAACGGCCUUUUCCACCUCCCCCAUAUAGAAGUCCAUGUUUUCGAGUCCGCUCCCGAAUUUUACGAGCGCGGUGCUGCUGCUGGGAUUUCCCUCAAUGCUCAGCGAGCUUUAAAUGCAAUUAUUCCCCUUGAUAGAGGUGUGCUUCAAAAGGCCGGUGCUGUUCCCAUGAACAGUUCCCGGAUCAUCUUGGGGUCGGGGAAAGAUGCUGGGACGGUUAUCUUCGACUUGAGGACGGGGGUGUGUGUCCACCGGGCAUCACUCCUUCGCGAGUUACUCAGCCCUUUGCCCAAGGAGAUUCUGCACCCCAAUAAACAGCUUGUCGCCAUCAAUCCCAAAUCCUCUGGUGUUGAGCUCGUCUUCAAAGAUGGCUCUAAGUACGAAUUUGAUGCUGUCAUCGGUGUCGAUGGUAUCUUCAGUUUUGUUCGGCAACAUGUCUUUCGAGAUACUGCCCCUGGAGAGGACUACGGGCCUUCUCCAGCGGGAUUCUGGGAUUGCCGAAAUUUAGUCCCAUUGGAUAAAGCUAAAUCGACGUUAGGCAAGGAUCUUUUUGAGGAUGAUCGACGGUACUCCUGGGUUAGUGAUGGAGCGUUUAUCAUACACGACAUAUUAGAGGACAGAACGAUGGUACAGUGCAUAGUGUCUGCUAUCGACAAGAAACAGUCCUUUACUAAGUCUAGGAAGUCUCUCCUGGUACAGCAAGAUCUGAAGGAAACUCUGAAUACGUGGCUUGGUGGUCCAAUUGCCAGUGGGAUGAUAGACCUCACACUCAAUCAACCUGAUACUUACAAGUACUCUCAAUGGGAGCACAAGGCGACACCUACUUAUUUUGAAGAUCGCGUCUGUCUUGUGGGAGAUGCAGCUCACGCAUCUUCAUCCUGGAUGGGUGCCGGCGCUGGAAUAGCCAUCGAGGAUGCUAUUAGCAAGCUCUUCGCCAAUAUCUCAUCUCCAAAAGAAAUCACAGCGGCUUUCAAAGCAUACGACACGGUACGCCGGCUACGAUGCCAAAGGGUCGUUGAUUCGAGCCGAGAGACAGGACUUCUUUUCUGCGGCAAGUAUGGGCUGGAUGUUGCUGAGUUGAGAGCCGAGAUUUCAACAAGGUGGAACUUCAUCCUCGAUUUGGACAUGGAGGCGCAUCAACAGGAGGCCAUGGAGUGUUUCACACAAUAUAAGGACAACCAAUAGGUAUCAUCUUAGUCGCUUACUCCGCUGCAUUUGGCUUAAAGCAGCGAGUCUUUCGAUUGGUUCCUCGAUGCCAUGCGUGAAUGGUCUCGGGUGCAGCAAGCUGUGUUGCCACUUUAACGAAAGACACUAGUCCGCCAAAUGCGUUCUUGGUGCCUAGGUCACUUUUCCAAGCCCGAUUCCCAAAAGUCUACUGCCUCGCGAGAAGUUGACAUUCUAUCUUCACCUUUCUUUAUUUUGGAAUAAAUUACUUCGCUAAUUCCAUUUUGAUGCCCCUUCUGGUCUGGCCUGAAUAAAGCGGCAAAGGGAGAGGGUUUAGUAAAAAUAUCCAACUUUGUACAUACAAUCAAAACGCCACCGUCUCAUUGAUACUCCGGGGGUUAUGAGCGAAUUUGAUUCCAGUUUAAUUUGAACGCACCGAGGGCAUACCCUGCACCCCUAUGGCCGCGGCCUAAUUAGGAUGAUUACAUCUAGGUACUUGGUAGGUACCGAUACGAUUAUACGGACAUGGUUAUGUUGAGUAGCUUACCAGGUGGCGUCCACUAAAAGCAAUAGUAACCCAGUGUGGCUGCAGAUGUGUAUAUUAAAGGGUUAUACCUCCUCAAGCUCCUUUGUCUCUGAAAAGAAAAGGUGCUCAUAGAG